AAACGAAAAGAGGUAGAGAGAAAAAGAAAAAUGUCAUUUCAAACAAUUGCAUCAGAAUCCGAGGCACCAAAUAAACUUACUUUAAGCGACAAUGGUGUUCUUCGUCGCACUGAAUACCAUCAACCAAGUGCUUGGGGAGAUUAUUUCCUUUCCAAUCUUUCCAACAUUUUGGAAGAAGAUUCGGUCCUGAAAAAACUUGAAGAACUUAAAGAAGCAGCGAGAAGCAUGUUUGUAGCUGCUGAAAAGCAUUCAGACAAAUUAUGUUUGAUUGAUUCAAUCCAAUGUUUAGGUUUGUCAUAUCACUUUGAAGAUGAAAUUAAUGAAAUACUUGAUCAAAUUCAAAAUUCUGCCCAUGUUGAUGAAGAAGAUGAGGAGGAUCUUUACAUCAUCGCUCUUAAAUUCCGAUUGCUUAGACAACAAGGUUUCCCUGUUUCUUGUGAGAUAUUCAAUAAGUUUACAACUGAAAGUGGAGAUUUCAAAGAAUCGAUUACAAAAGAUGAAAAAGGUUUAUUAAGUUUGUAUGAGGCAUCUCACUUGAGAAUGAAGGGAGAAAGUAUAAUGGAUGAAGCAUUAGAAUUCACAACAACUCAACUUGAAGCAAUGGCCAUGGAUUCCACUUCUCCAUUCUCACAGGAAGCUAAAUAUGCAUUAAAAUGGCCAAUCUAUAAAACUUUGUCAAGGUUCAUGACUAGGCACUAUAUCUCUCUCUAUCACAACAAUCCAACGAAGAAUGAUAAUAAUAUUUUGCUCACUUUUGCAAAGUUAGACUACAAUUCUCUUCAAAAGCUCUACCAGAGAGAGCUUGGUGAACUUUCAAGGUGGUGGAAUGAUUCGAAGUUAAAAGAGAAAUUACCAUUUGCAAGAGAUAGAGUGGUGGAGAGCUAUAUUUGGGCAUUGGGAAUAUACUAUGAACCAAAGUACUCUAGUGCUAGAACACUAUUAGCCAAAAUUAUUGCUCUCAUAACACUUAUUGAUGAUAUGUAUGAUUGUUAUGGCACACUUGAAGAACUUCAACUAUUCACCAAUACAAUUGGAAGGUGGGAUAUGAAUUGCAUUGAGGAGCUCCCAAAUUACAUGAAAGUUUUGUAUGAAGCUAUACUUAAAAUUUAUGAAGGGACUAUACAAGAUAUGUGCAUGGAUAACAAUAUUCCAUAUGCAUUUGAUUAUGCAAAAGAAGGGAUAAUAAGGCAAUGCAAACUUUAUAUGGUGGAAGCUAAAUGGUUCAAUGAAGAUUAUGUGCCAACAAUAGAAGAGUACAUGAAAGUUAGUGCCACUUCCAUUGGCUUGUAUGCUGUGGCUUCAAUUGCCUUCCUAUCUAUAGGAAAUAUUGUUUCAGAAGAGAUUUUCCAAUGGGUUCAAGGUAACCCUAUGCUUCAUAAAGCUAGUGAAGUUGCUAGUAGACUUGUGAAUGACAUAGUUUCCCACAAGUUUGGACAAGAGAGAUGCCAUGUUACUUGUUCGAUUGAAUGCUACAUGGAACAAUAUGGAGUAUCAAAAGAGGUAGCCAUAGCUGAACUAAAAAAGCAAGUGGAUGAAGCACGGAAAGAAAUAAUAGAAGAUUACAUAAAACGUGGCAAGUUUCCAAGAGUGAUUCAUGAUUAUGGGCCGAAUUUUGCUCGAGUUACAGACUUCUAUUAUAAGGAACGAGAUGGUUUCACUUUUGCUAAUACAGAAACUAAACAUCUUAUCGCCCUAAUACUUACAGAUCCUAUGCCAAUUUGAACCUAUCUACAGUCUACUUAUUUAACUUGUAAUGCCUUUAAUGUAUAAAAGGUAUAAGAAUGCUUUGCAAUUAGAAGUUAAAAUGUUUUCAUGUACUUUUUUAUGUGUGUUCUAUCGAAUGAAAAUAUAUAUCUUUUUAUAUUUCAA